CCCGCGAAGCUUGUUGUCUCGAACGCAGCGCUCCACUCUUGCUUGGACCCUCCCACCCAACACAGGAGUCAGGAGUGACACGCCAUUUAAUCGCCGCCUGGCCCUGCUGGUGCUUCUCGGAAACAGAAGGGAAACCUAAAAACGAUAGAAGACGAAAUUGACCCGAAAAUAAACAAUUCACAGUCGCCCAGAAGUAGCACCGAAUCGUGCCAACAUGGGGAUCCGCAAGAAGAGCAACAAGAACCCGCCGGUGAUGAGCCAUGAGUUUGUGAUCCAGAACCAUGCAGAUAUUGUUUCCUGCGUUGCUAUGGUGUUCCUCCUCGGCUUGAUGUUCGAGGUAACAUCGAAGUUUGCAGUAUUGUUCAUCACGGUCCAGUACAACGUCACCAUCUCUACCAACGGGCCAGAGGAGACGGCUGUGAACCACUUCCACCACGGCAUCAAAGAUUUGGCCACCAUUUUUUUCUACAUGCUGGUGGCAAUCAUCAUGCACGCCAUCAUCCAGGAGUACGUGCUAGAUAAAAUUAAUAGAAAGAAGCAUUUCUCCAAAACCAAACACAGCAAGUUCAACGAGUCCGGUCAGCUCAGCACUUUCUACUUGUUCUCCUUUGGUUGGGGCGUGAGCAUCCUCGUCUCUGAGAACUUUCUGUCCAGUCCAGUUUCCCUGUGGGAAGGUUACCCCCACACGCUGAUGCCGUUCCAGAUGAAGUUUUACUUCAUUUGUCAGAUUGGCUACUGGCUUCACGCCCUCCCCGAGCUUUACUUCCAGAAGACAAAGAAGGAGGACAUUCCGCGCCAGCUGGUGUACAUCUUCCUCUACCUGGUCCACAUCGCGGGCGCCUACAUCCUCAACCUGAACCGCCUGGGUCUGGUCCUGCUGGUGUUGCACUACUUUGUGGAGCUUCUCUUCCACGUCUCGCGCCUCAUCUAUUUCAGUAACGAGAACAGACAAAUGGGUUUCACCGUAUGGGCAGUCUUGUUUGUCCUGGGACGGCUGCUCACCCUGUCCUUGUCCGUCCUCACCGUGGGCUUCGGCCUCGUCAACGCUGAAAAUCAAGGCUUUGAUUUGGCUGUCGGAAACUUUAACAUUCUUUUUGUGAGGGUAACUGUCCUGGCCGCCGUGUGUCUGACUCAGGCCUUCAUGAUGUGGAAAUUUAUCAACUUUCAGCUGCGCCGGUGGAGGGAGAGCGCUCAAACUCAGUCCUUGAAAAAGAAACAAGUUCCCUCCAAGAGCAAAUCAAAGAAAGAUAAAGCCAACGGUGUGAACGGAGUCAAUUCCCACGCAGCUGAUUCGCCAAGAACAAGAAAGGAGAAAUCGUCUUAAGAGAAUCGCCCCCAGCCCUGUGCCUCUCGCGGUGGUAUCUGACAUGAGAUGAGACCACCGUCGAUUUAUGCAUUUUCAACUUCCACUCAACGGACAUCCCGGCUACUAGGAAGGCGAGGGUGGCGGCACCACUUCGGAUUAGAAUUCGGUGCUCUGCUGUGCCAUUUUGAAAAGAAAACAGAAAUUCUGGAAUAAACUAUAUUAAAAAGACCUUAUUUAAGAAGUGCCUAUUGCUACAGAUGGUUUUAUACAGGGUGAGUCAUUUUAAAAUUUGAGAAUACUGUGUUUUGAUGCAUUAUCCUGCUUGCUCAAUAUACGCACCUUCCCCCUGCAAUUACUUUCUGUUCCAUCUUGUAUUUUCUCUUCUCUGUAUUUAUAACUGCCAGCGUAGAGCACCAUUGGGUUGACUAACAACCAAGUGUAAUAUAACCACCUGUAGCUUUGGCUCCACAUUGUAGCAAAGCAACGACCACUUCACUGAAACCAUAGAACAUUAUUAGACAACAGUCUUCAUCAUUGUAUGGCUGUUCAGUAGGCUCCCUGCUGUAAGAAUUCAUAACGGCUCUGCAACCACGCGGAGCAACAUCUUCAUGUUCUGAACACAUGCUGCAUUUUUAUUACUGCAUCAAAGAGAAAGAUUGGUUGCAAAAAAAAGCAUGGAUGGAUUUUCUUUUGAUUGUGCCAAAUAAAUCAGAUUGACUGUU